UUUGAUUACCUCAAUAUGUGCUUGAUUGUUUGCCUUAAAUUUUAUUGUUUUUUAUUUACAUUCGGUUUGUUGUCUAAUCUAGUGCUAAGUUUCAAGUUCUCCAUUGUGCAUAACAAUGAUAUGCAUGCUCGCUAUGAUCCCAUUGUGGGUACUGGACAGAAAUGUCCAAAGGGCGACGAUGAGCGAUGUUUGUGUUUUGGUGGUUUCGCUAGAGUGGCCACGGCUGUAUCCAGAGCUCGUGCUGAAGGCUCCGUGCUUUAUUUUAAUGCGGGCGAUACUUUUUACGGAACAGUCUGGUAUGCCAUCUAUAGAGCUGAACUUGCUGGCCAGCUAAUGAAUAUGCUAAAUCCAGAUGCAAUGUCACUGGGCAAUCACGAAUUUGAUGACAAUAUUGCUGGCUUGGUUCCUUUUUUGAAGCAGCUUAACUUUCCAGUUGUAAGCUGUAAUCUGGAUCUCACCUUUGUGCCCAAAUUGGCAAACAUAAAGCAGCUGGUCAGUUCAACAAUUAUAAGCAGGCUUGAUAGACGUAUUGGUGUUAUAGGUUAUCUAACGCCUUUGACCAAAUAUUAUGUGCCCUACAAUUUAGUAGCUUAUUGGCCUGAAAUACCAGCUAUAAACAUGGAGGCUAAAAAGCUUAGAAGCGCUGGUGUUGAUAUUAUAAUUGCACUUGGACACUCAGGCUAUGAAGUUGAUAUGAAGAUAGCUAAAAACUGUCCCGAUGUGGAUGUUGUUAUUGGUGGCCAUUCGCAUACGUUUCUUUAUACGGGCAAUCCACCUGUAAACGAUUUAGUCGAGGGCGAUUAUCAACGCAUUAGAUGGCCCUAUCCCACUUGGGUGACCCAGAAGAGUGGCAAACGCGUGCCUGUGGUGCAAGCUUAUGCCUUUACCAAGUACCUGGGUAAACUGCAUGUGAAAUUUGAUGCUGCUGGCAACUUAUUGGAAGUUAAUGGUGCACCUAUAUUAUUGGACGGCACUGUGGCGCAGGAUAAGGACUUGCUGGAUGUACUAGAACUCUACAGAGAGAAUGUAACUGCAUUGGAAAAAUCCAUCUUGGGGCAUAGCAAGGUGCAUCUGGAGGGACGCAAGAUUCUCUGCCGCUCCGUGGAGUGCAACAUGGGCAAUCUUAUAACGGAUGCCAUGAUAUUCAGUCGUGUUAUGGAAGAUCAAGGUGGUGACUACUGGACAGAUGCAGCCAUUGCCAUACACCAAGGCGGAGGCAUACGCGGCUCAAUUGAGCGCAAGUCCGAUGGCAUGAUUACCCACAACGAUCUGCUGACUGUGCUGCCUUUUGCAAAUGAUCUGUAUGUGACAAGAAUAAGCGGACGCACCUUGUGGCAGGCACUGGAGCACGCAGCUGCUCUACGAUUUAAGGACUCUGAUGGCGCCUUUCUGCAAAUGUCCGGCGUUCGAGUAGUUUACAAUGAGCAUAAACCGGAGGGCAAGCGUGUGGUCUCGGUGCAAGUGCGUUGUGCCGCUUGUGAGGUGCCCGCCUUUAGUCCAUUGAACGAGUCUGCGCUUUAUAAAGUAAUUGUGCCACAAUUUCUGCUAGAUGGCGGCGAUGGACAUGUUUUUACUGAAGCAGCAAAUCCGCAGUCGAUGCACAUGCAAAGGAGCAUAAUAGGAGCAGUUCAGCAAUAUUUGCAGCAUCGAGAUUUUGUGUAUCCGGGACUUGAGAGUCGCAUUACUUUUAUAGACGCUGAGGCAUCGAAAUCUGCUGCAACCAAAAUAAGCUUAGUUAGCAGUUCUGCAUCACUUUUGAUAGUUUCAACGUUAAUAAUUUUUAAUUUAGUUUUAUAAUUCAAAGCACAAGUUACGCUAUAAAGUUACAAGAGAGAGUCUAUCAUGUUUAUUGUUGCAUUAAUUUAAGUGCCAUUUUGUAUUAAAGCGAAAAGGCCAAAAAAAUAUAGAAUUGAGCUGUAGUCAAAUCCAUCGCUUAGCAAAAUGAAAUUGAAAUACUUUAUGUA